UGUGGUGGUGGUGGUGGCGGGAGCCGGGGAAUUAAGGUGCUGGGCGAUGGCCAGCUGUGAGCGAUGACCAGGCUUCUGGCCGUGGCGCGCAGAGUUGCUUUGGCCGCCGUGCGCUGCAGCACCCACGGCAGCAGCGGCCUCAGCAUGUUUUAUGCCGUGAGGAGGGGCCGCAAGGCCGGGGUCUUCCAGACCUGGAGCGAAUGUAGAGCCCAGGUGGACCGGUUUCCUGCUGCCAGAUUUAAGAAAUUUCCCACGGAGGAGGAGGCCUGGGCCUUUGUCAGAAAGCCUGCAAGCCCGGAUGGCUCAGAAGGGACAGAAAAUAAGCAUGAACAAGAAUCACAGGUGAAAGUCAACAAGCGACUCCGUGAACCCUCGGAUGGAGAGGAAAACGCAGAGCCCUGUGUGAAGCAUGCGAGACAGAACACAGAAUCCGUGCCUUCAGUUAACAAAGACUCAUUUUCUUAUAUGGGAGAGUUUGUCGUCGUCUACACUGACGGCUGCUGCUCCAGCAACGGGCGGAGGAGGGCACGAGCAGGGAUCGGCGUUUACUGGGGGCCGGGCCAUCCUUUGAACGUAGGCAUUAGGCUUCCUGGGCGGCAGACCAACCAAAGAGCAGAAAUUCAUGCAGCCUGCAAAGCCAUCGAGCAAGCAAAGGCUCAAAACAUCAAGAAGUUGGUUCUAUAUACGGACAGUAUGUUUACUAUAAAUGGUAUCACUAAUUGGGUUCAAGGCUGGAAGAAGAAUGGGUGGAAAACGAGCACAGGGAAAGAGGUGAUCAACAAGGAGGACUUCAUGGCGCUGGAGCAGCUCAUCCAGGGCAUGGACAUCCAGUGGAUGCAUGUUCCUGGUCAUUCGGGAUUUAUAGGCAAUGAAGAAGCUGACAGAUUAGCAAGAGAAGGAGCUAAGCAAUCAGAAGACUGAACGAAGUAAUUUUAGUUCUUGGAAAAACUUGACUUUAUGGAGGUGUGCUUGACGGACAGCAAAUGGCAUGUGUGUAAAGUGAGCUAUGGAUUCCCCUGUGAAGUCCCCGCCAGAACUGCGUGUCACCCCCCGCCGGGGUUUUCUCAUGCCCCUUUGAAAUCCUUCCCUCCCUGACCCCAUCCCCAGACGACAACCGAUCUACUUCCUGUCACUAUAGAUUAAUUUGUAUUUCCUAGGAUUUUAUAUAAAUAGAGUCCUACAGUAUAAACUCCUUUUCAGUCAGGAGCUUCUUUCACUCAGUGUAAUUAUUUUGGCAUUCACGCGUGCUGUGUCUAUCAGUAGUUCACUCCUUUUUAUUGCUGAGGAGUAUCCAUUGUAUGGGUAACCACAGUUUGUGCGCCCGUUCUCCUGUUCAUGGAUAUUUGGUCGUCCCCAAUGUGGGGCUGUUGUAAAUAAAGCUGCUGUGAACA